UGUCUACUAAAUAUAUAUAUAUAUAUAUAUAUAAAUACAUCAUAUGAGCAUAAAAACAUAGCUAUUAUAGAAGUACAUAUACCUAGUAAGUAAACAUCAGAACACAAUAUCGACCACUAUGAAAUCAAACACACUUUUUGCUGUGUUGGCGCUCACCUCCGGGGUGAUAGGGGAAGUGAAGACAGUAGAGAAUACGAGUUUGCGAACAAAGUACAGAAACACAGCGCCGCACAGACUCGGCCUCAAAACCCCUGCCCGAAUCCAGGACGGGAAAUCACGAAUAUUCUCAAGAAAAAGUACACGAGCGCGCAGACAAGAUACAUCCAAUCCUUAUGGGUUUGAUUAUACUAAUGUGUACACAACUUAUGACCCGUAUACAUAUUAUGAUCCUUAUACAAAUUAUGAUACGUAUACAACUUAUGAUACUUAUACAACUUAUGAUACAACCACUGAUCUGUAUAGUGGUAUUGUUAGCGGGACUACUGAGGGGGUUGUUUCAUCACAAGACAUUUCAAUCGAUGAAUCUGAUGCAAGACAGGAAGGUGGUGUCAGUGUUGGAGGUGGCCAAGGAGUAUCUAGUGUGGGCUCUGCCACAGGGGAUGUAGCUUCUGACGCGUCGGCUGGAAGCGUGGCGCUUCUAGGAGAUACCGUACCUGAUGUCACGACGUCACAAUUUGAUGUAUCCUUGGGAGUGCAAGGUGUUUCUGAGGACGUGGCUGUGGCGACAACUAUGCUCACCACGUACGUAACAAACUUCCCAGAUGCCGUGUUGGCGUCUGGUCACAGCUGCUCUGCUGCCAAGAUAUUAGUCGCUCCGUGCAAUACAACGCUCACAGUCGGCAAGGACAUGGUCAUUGCGAGCGAUAAUACAACUAUUUACGAAGCUCAAUGGAAGAGCAAGUGUCCAUACGGUUGUAAACUUACUAUCACCUUCGACGGAGAAUUAAUCACGUACGCUAUGGAACCAAAGGGCGGUGGCAAACGGCCAGUUUGGAACGGAGGAAUCUUUGGAGCAGGAGCUUAUGGAGUCCUGUUCCCAGACGGCAACUUUCUUGUGAUGUCUGUGGACAACCGCAUCAAAUUCAAGUCUAUGGCUGACUCGCCAAAUUUUAAUCACCAAUGUGCUGCUGAUAUACCAGCAGCCACCUCGAGAAGUUUAGCCGCCUUGAACUACUAGUAUCGAGACCGUGAAG